CUUUGAGGAGGAAAUCGCUGCUCUCUGCUCCUUCCUGUAGUAACAGCCGCCGCCGCCGGGACCCCGGCCGGGAGCGAGAGCCGCGGGGCGGUGAGGCAGCCCCGCCGCGGGACCGCUCGGCGCGACCAGCCGCGUGCCCGCAGGGACCGAGCCGCCCAGUGGUAGCCUUCGGUGGCGUUGCCCCAACUUGGCUCUGGAAUAUCCCCCCUUCCCAGAAAUUGGGAACCUGGGUUCGAGGCAAGGUGAACAGACAUGGCGGGCUGGAUCCAGGCCCAGCAGCUGCAGGGAGAUGCGUUGCGCCAGAUGCAGGUGCUAUACGGGCAGCAUUUCCCCAUCGAGGUCCGGCACUACUUAGCACAGUGGAUAGAGAGCCAGCCGUGGGAUGCCAUCGACCUGGACAAUCCCCAGGACCAAGCCCAGGCCACCCAGCUCCUGGAGGGCCUAGUGCAGGAGCUGCAGAAGAAGGCAGAGCACCAGGUGGGGGAAGAUGGGUUCUUACUGAAGAUCAAGCUGGGGCACUAUGCCACGCAGCUCCAGAACACAUAUGACCGCUGCCCCAUGGAGCUGGUCCGCUGCAUCCGGCACAUUCUGUACAAUGAACAGAGGCUGGUCCGCGAAGCCAACAAUGGCACUUCUCCUGCUGGGAGUCUUGCUGACACCAUGUCCCAGAAACACCUUCAGAUCAACCAGACAUUUGAGGAGCUGCGACUGGUCACGCAGGACACAGAGAAUGAACUGAAGAAGCUGCAGCAGACUCAAGAGUACUUCAUCAUCCAGUAUCAAGAGAGCCUGAGGAUCCAGGGUGAGGCCCGGCAGCGUGGGCUGGGCGUGUCUGGAGGACAGGAGGGGCUCCCGUGCAGGUGUGAGAAGCUGGCCGAGAUCAUCUGGCAGAACCGGCAGCAGAUCCGCAGAGCCGAGCACCUCUGCCAGCAGCUGCCCAUCGCCGGCCCCGUGGAGGAGAUGCUGGCUGAGGUCAACGCCACCAUCACAGACAUCAUCUCAGCCCUGGUGACCAGCACAUUCAUCAUUGAGAAGCAGCCCCCUCAGGUCCUGAAGACCCAGACCAAGUUUGCAGCCACCGUGCGCCUGCUGGUGGGAGGAAAGCUGAACGUGCACAUGAACCCCCCCCAGGUGAAGGCCACCAUCAUCAGUGAGCAGCAGGCCAAGUCGCUGCUCAAGAACGAGAACACCCGCAAUGAUUACAGUGGAGAGAUCUUGAACAACUGCUGCGUGAUGGAGUAUCACCAAGCCACAGGCACUCUCAGUGCCCACUUCAGGAACAUGUCCCUGAAACGAAUUAAGAGGUCUGACCGUCGUGGAGCAGAGUCAGUGACAGAAGAAAAAUUUACAAUCCUGUUUGAAUCACAAUUCAGUGUUGGUGGAAAUGAACUGGUUUUUCAAGUCAAGACCCUGUCACUCCCGGUGGUGGUGAUUGUUCAUGGCAGCCAGGACAACAAUGCAACGGCCACUGUUCUCUGGGACAAUGCUUUUGCAGAGCCUGGCAGGGUGCCAUUUGCCGUGCCUGACAAAGUGCUGUGGCCACAGCUGUGUGAAGCGCUCAACGUGAAAUUCAAGGCCGAAGUGCAGAGCAACCGGGGCCUGACCAAGGAGAACCUUGUGUUCCUGGCGCAGAAGCUGUUCAACAGCAGCAGCGGCCACUUGGAGGACUACAGCGGCAUGUCUGUGUCCUGGUCCCAGUUCAACAGGGAGAAUUUACCCGGACGGAAUUACACUUUCUGGCAGUGGUUUGAUGGUGUAAUGGAAGUGUUAAAAAAACAUCUUAAGCCUCAUUGGAAUGAUGGGGCUAUUUUGGGUUUUGUGAACAAGCAACAGGCCCAUGACCUACUCAUCAACAAGCCUGAUGGGACCUUCCUGCUGAGAUUCAGCGACUCUGAAAUUGGUGGCAUCACCAUUGCCUGGAAGUUUGAUUCUCAGGAAAGAAUGUUUUGGAAUCUGAUGCCUUUUACUACCAGAGACUUCUCCAUCCGGUCCCUGGCCGACCGCUUGGGGGACCUGAAUUACCUCAUCUACGUGUUUCCUGACCGGCCCAAAGAUGAAGUAUACUCCAAAUAUUACACGCCAGUCCCAUGCGAGCCCGCCACUGCUAAAGCAGUGGACGGAUAUGUGAAGCCACAGAUCAAGCAAGUGGUCCCUGAGUUUGUGAGCGCAUCUGCAGAGUCUGCGGGGGGCAGCGCCACCUACAUGGACCAGGCCCCCUCCCCAGCCGUGUGCCCCCAGGCUCAUUAUAACAUGUUCCCACAGAACCCUGACCCUGUCCUUGACAACGAUGGGGACUUUGACCUGGAUGACACAAUGGAUGUGGCACGACGUGUGGAGGAACUCUUGGGCCGACCUAUGGACAGUCAGUGGAUCCCUCAUGCGCAGUCGUGACGCGCCCCGACCCCCCCCCAUCUUCAGCUUCUUCAUCCUCGCCAGGGGAGUUACUCUUGUGGAUGUUUUAAUUCCAUGAAUCGCUUCUCUUUGGAAACAAUACUCAUAAUGUGAAGUGUUAAUACUAGUUGUGACGUGAGUGUUUCUGUGCAUGGUGGCACCAGUGAAGGGAGUGUGAGUGUGUGAGUGUAUGAAUGAGUUUGCAUGUUGUGGUGUUUCUCCCACUUGCUGUUUAUAGUUUAGUACAGCAUAGGGGCCACAAACAGAGGCUAUGGUGGUUUUAACCUUGUGCAAAAAGGCAGUUCCAUGAACCCUGAACUUGGCCGUGUGUCUUGAGGGUGGCUAUAUUUCUACAUGCGGCUGUUAAAGUAAGAGAAGGACUGUGGGAGGAGAAAGCACCUUCUCUCUGGUGACUCUUUGUUACUGUGUAUACCAAGCAAUUGAUAUAGAACCAUGAUUGUCUCUGCUUCUCUUCUGAAAUGUAGAAACUGCCUUUUGAGAAAGAAUAUCAGUCCUCCUUCCUUCUUUCCCACCCCCAUUUUCCUGGGUAGGGAUGGGCAAAGGGGAGACAUAAAAUGAUAGCUGGGGCAAGGGAAGUCAUGGGUUCUCUGAUGGGUAGUGGCUUUUUAAAUAACACCUAACCCGUCUAGAUAUUCUUUCCCUUCUCCUCCUUCCCCCUCUCUGUUCCUGUGUGUGCCCCUGCAGAUGCAUCUGGUGACCUAGUGGGAAGGGGAGGGUCAUGUAACAAAGCUUGCAGUGUUGACAUGCUUUGUGUUUCAGCCUGUGUGGAAUGCCCGGCCUUGGCUGCCAGGUGCUGAGAAAGCUUCCCUGUUGCCCAGGGAAGCUGCCGGUCCGUCUGCCCAUCCCUCCUAUGCGCUGAUGGAGGCACACGCCAGGCUGUCUGGAGGCUUAUUGAUAAUGACCGUUUGCAGACAUUGGAUGGUGUUUUUGUUUCUAAAUUGGGACUUUUUGCUUUCCCCUCCCCACACUAAUUUGACAUCAGAAUUCUUUUUUCCUGCAUCAGGUCCUGUGGCAUUAUAACCAGGCCACCUCAUGUCCCUUCAGUGUUCACACACGCUGUCUUGGGAAGUGGGCAGCAGGAGUGGGGUCUGAACCCAGGGCCAGCAUGUUCAGUGGGGGUUCAAUGUUCUUGGCCCACCUGGUGCAGAGUGCUGGGUGCUGGGCGUUGUCCAUUGGGGAGAUGCAGUCAGCAGGCUUGCUGGGAAGUUUGGUAAGCUGCAAAAACAAAACCAGAAAGCCUCCACAUAAUUUGGUCCACAAUUUCUUUAGCAGCUUUACACCAGAAGGAAGGCAUGGGCUGUGGCAGGUAGACGAGAAGAGGGGGAAGCAGGUAUAGCUUUUGGAGUACGCCUCCAAGGUCAUCCCUUGGCCCCCCUCUCCGUAAGAAGGACAUAACCACACACACCCAGGAGAGAAUGGCCCUAAAAUCCUUAUUUUUAUACAUGUGAAUAGAUAUUUUUUUUACAGAAAUAAUUUCUGAAUUUAUCAGUGUUUUGAUGCUGAAGGAACAUACUCCUCUGUAGUAAAUUAUUUAUUGGAAGAUAACUUUUUAAAAGCUGCUGUUUGCUCUGGCUUGAUUUCAUACACUGAUUUAUUUUUCUAUGCCGGGCAGUAGAAUCUCUCUGCCUCCGACGAGCAGGCCAACCCCUCCGUGGAUACCAGCCUUGGCGUGGGAUGCUGCUAAGCCCCUUCUGUACCCCUCAAGAUUUGGUUAAAAUUCCACCCCAAGGAUGGGAGUGUUAGGGAAAGGUGAAAUGGAAGUCGGCCUGCGGGAGGCCCAGGCUAGAGGGCCCUCACCUCCCAUACCUGCCGCUGGCCACUUGGCCUUCGGCAGCACCUGCCUCUGAGGGGUGCCCUGUUGUUCCAGCAGCCCUGACGGGGUGCAGGGAGGGACACACUUUCAGAUGGGUAGUGGAUCCAGCCCUAGGGCACGCUGAGGGCCCAGCUCUCGCUUUACAGUAGGUCCUGGGGUUGGGAGACAGGUGCCGAACACUGUGGCUGCCCCGAGGAGCCGGGGUUCCCACACCAGCAGCGUUCCUGAGCUGUCCUGUUUCCUGAGGCUGUGCCUGUAGAUGGGAGGGAUUUUGACUGAAAAGUACCCCUGCUACCUACGUUUUAUUUUCUCUUUUCUCCCUGUGCCUGCAAACCACAAGAAGAGGCCAUGGCAAGUCCUUACCGCCUCAGCCUCUCACUCGCUCCAGACACACACACACACACAUCAUCAUCAAAAUGUUUCAAUGUGUGGUAUGUGCAGGGUUUUUUUGAGGGUGAGGGGAGAAACUAAAAGCAGAUAUAACUUAAAAUGGAAGUAUACUUUUUAUAAUUUUUCAUUUUAAAACUUUGUGAAAUUAUUUCAGAUACAGAUUUUAGUGUUGAAGUGAAUUAGUAUAUAGCCACCAAAAAAGUAUUGUGUACAAUUUGGGGCAGUCAGAAAAAUGUGUAUUUUAUGUUACAAUAAAGGCUUCCUCUGAAGAGCCA